AUGGCGCUGCGAGUGGCGCGGAGCGUGCGGGCCGCGGCCUGCAACCUGCUCGCCGCGUCGGCGCCCGCCGCUCCCUGUCCGCCUCUGUCCUGGCGGCUGCGGCCGGGCGCCGUGCGGACGCUGCGCACCGGUCGGGCUCUGCUCUCGGUGCGUAAAUUCACAGAGAAACAUGAAUGGAUCAUGACAGAAAAUGGUAUCGGAACUGUGGGAAUCAGCCAUUUUGCACAGGAAGCUUUGGGGGAUGUUGUUUAUUGUAGCCUGCCUGAAGUUGGGACGAAGUUGAAAAAACAAGAUGAAUUUGGUGCUUUGGAAAGUGUGAAGGCUGCUAGUGAGCUCUACUCUCCUCUGUCAGGAGAAGUGACGGAAAUCAAUGAAGCUCUUUCAGAAAACCCAGGCCUCAUUAACACAUCUUGUUAUGAAGAUGGUUGGCUGAUCAAGAUGGCACUGAGUAACCCUUCAGAACUGGAUGAGCUAAUGAGUGAAGAAGCCUAUGAGAAAUACAUCAAAUCUAUUGAGGAGUGAAAGCAGAGCUCUCACGUGAACUAGUCUUGGAUUAACUGAAUCCAGCACUGCUGCUUUAAGUUAGUGGUGGACAGAGACACAGUAGCAACCUUUAGCAAUAGUGAUGGCAAGAGAUACUUCUUUCGACUCUGCUCCUGGAAGAAAAAGUCCCCUAACUUUAUAAUGACCACAGAUGAACACAAUAUGCACCUUUUUCACACCUCGUGAUUGUUACACUAGGCUCUAGGCACUAGUGUUCAGAAUGCAUGAAAUUAGUAAAAACUAAUUAUAUAAAUAAUUCAAGAUGACAUUGUUACCUGAAGCCUUACAUAAUAUCACUUGCUCAUACCCAACCAUGAAUUGGGGGUUGGAAUGCACUGGCCUUUCCAGUGGAACCAAUGGGAAUGGAGAACAGUUUUUGUUAAUUGUACAAUGCCAGAUAAACCACCGCCACCGUAAAUUUGUAAUAUACUGCAUCUGCUGGUGCUAUUUUAUACAGUGAAGCAGCAGCUGCGCAGCAAAGUGUAAUAAACAAUGCAGUUUUCAACUUCCUCACUAAUAUUUGUAUGUUCGUAUUUAAUUUAGGGAUUUGCUUAGUAUCUAUGAAGAUGAUAAUUUUAACUCAUAGGAAAUUAUUUUUUAAAACAAAUCUUAAGCCAUAGCAAUUAAAGGUUACAA